AAUUAGGUAUCUGGUAAUCGGUCAGAUUUAACAUGGUUAAUUUUAAAUUUGUCUGGCGUUUCAGCUGAAUACCAUAAGAAGAAUAAGUUAAUACUGUUCUCGAGUUCAAGUUAGGUAUUGGUAAUUGGAUAUUUAUGAAAACGUUUUUCUGGAUUAGUGUUCGUGAAUGUAAAGUUUUGUGGGCUUUGCAGUAUUGGGCUUUUGUGAGGCCCACAUUGUAAGUAAUUCUGUAAGAUGAUUCAAAACUGGUUUCAGGGGUUUAAGCUGGGUUUUUGAUCUUGACUCAAUAGCAAUUUUCUUCUGGAAUUUUGGAAUCAUCUCCCAGCAUCCAUGAGGAGGCUUUCUGCUUUGAACUACAACCUAGUCACCCGGAUUGUGAGCAUCGCUGCGGCCGGGUCUGGUUUGUCGUAUUUGUACACCUAUAACAAUGAAGUGAGCGUAGGAGUGUCUAUUCCCGUGCCAUGGCGCGAAUCAGUAUCUCUGCCGUGGAAAAUUGCUGAAAGAGUGCCUUACUGCCCUUCAGUUUCCUCGUCAGUUAACUCCGAAUUGGGUUCAUUUCAAUUAUUUUCUUUGAGUGCUGGUUCUAUUCCAUCAUCGGAAUCUUCUGGGGUAUCGGAUGGUUGCCAUAAACAUUCUUGUGGAUGCUUUGGUAGAGAUACGUUUGCCAAAGCAGCUGCAAAGGUGGGACCUGCUGUUGUUAACAUCUCCCUUCAUCAGGGUAUGUAUGGGGUCUUUGGUGGGAAGAGUAUUGGCUCGGGAACUAUUAUUGACAAGGAUGGUACUAUUUUAACGUGUGCUCAUGCGGUGGUUAAUUUUCAGGGAAGGAGUAUUUCAUCGAAAGGAAAGGUUGAUGUUACUUUACAAGAUGGUAGGACAUUUGAGGGUACUGUGUUGAAUGCUGAUAUACAUUCUGAUAUUGCUAUUGUAAAAAUUAAUUCCAAAACCCCACUCCCAACUGCAAAAAUUGGCUCUUCAAGUAUUCUUCAGCCUGGAGAUUGGGUGUUAGCCGUGGGCUGUCCACUUUCACUUCAGAACACUGUAACUGCUGGUAUUGUGAGUUCUAUAGACCGUAAGAGCAGUGAUUUGGGUCUUGGUGGAAUAAGGAGAGAGUAUUUGCAGACAGAUUGCGCAAUUAAUCCAGGAAAUUCUGGGGGGCCUCUUGUUAAUGUUGAUGGAGAAGUUGUUGGUAUGAAUAUUAUGAAAGUGCUUGAUGCUGAUGGAUUAAGUUUUGCUGUACCAAUUGAUUCAGUCACCAAAAUCAUUGGGCAUUUCAGAAAAAGCGGGAGAGUUGUUCGACCUUGGCUUGGAUUGAAAAUGCUUGAACUUAAUGACAUGGUUGUUGCUCAGCUUAAAGAAAGAGAUGCAGCUUUUCCGGAUGUCAGGAAAGGUGUUCUUAUAGUAAUGAUAACUCCUGGAUCACCUGCUGAUCUCGCUGGGUUCCAUCCUGGUGAUAUCGUUAUUGAAUUUGAUGGGAAAUCUGUUGAAAACGUCAAGGAGGUGCUUGACAUAUUGGGAGACAGACUUGGGGAACCCUUGAAGGUGGUCGUUAAACGAGCCCAAAAUAGAUUAGUGACUCUGACUGUGAUCCCUGAGGAGUCCAAUCCGGACAUAUGAAUACAUUCAACACCAACCGCUGUUUUUUUUUAUUUUUUUGUUCUUCCCAAAUACGGAACAGAAGAGGUAUUUGUAUCCAUUUCAAGAGUAACAAAUCAGCUUGCUAAGAGAAUAAACAAGCUUUGAAGUUGCUGGUUCUGUAAUUUUUACUAUUUAAACCAGUAUAUUCAUACCAACCCAUGUGAUCAAACCGAAUAAUCAUUUUAGCUUAAAAUCAUAUAUUGCACACAAAUAAAUAUGUAUUUCUUUAACACUUUUUUUCUCUCACACUAGUUUUUCCCUGGGUAAUUUUCGUAGAAAUUUUUAUACUUUGUCAAAUUUGGAUUGAAAAUUUUAUAUACAAGAAAAUUCUAUUGUAGGUUACCUCUAUAUUCUUAAAAGUGCCUCCAUACUACUUUUCUACAUUAACUUGUCA